GCUGUCGGACGGGGUUGACACCGUUUGCGAACGGCAAGCUGCAAGUGGAACGAGGACCUUGUAUUGUAAGGAGUGCGCUGGUUUUAGUGUUGCACCGAUCACUGACGAUCACUGAUCUUCAAACGCGGAGUUCUUCCACAAAUGCCCGACCGUGACCAGUGACGCAAGUGUUCCAUUGCCUUGGAAACCCCGUUGAAAGGCCAACGCUCGCGCUCGAAAGUGCGGCGAUAAUAUUAUUAUCAAUCGAAAGUGCGUUGAAGUUGUUGAACGAAGUACCACCCCUGAGGGAGGAAGGGAUCGCGUGAUUGCCGUGCCAGCCGGAAUUAAUCUAGCUAUCUAGCUAGUCGGUAGUUACUGAUAAGCGGCAGUAUCGAAAUCGAAUGAUUCCGCAAUUCCCAGUCAGCUGUGCUGUCGACGCCAACAUCGUCUCUUUGGCCUUGCCGCCAAUACUGAUUAGCCCUCGGAUGUGAGCCCUCGGUGUGCGAGUGUGUCGAUCGCACUGCGAAGUGCUUGUUUUCAAACUCCGAGCGCCACUCCGCGAGAGUGUAUGGUGCUGUCCCCGUUGAGUCACGCUGUACGAUCGCGCAUUUAAAAUGUUUGGGAACUCCACGACCAGUUGAACCUGCGCCAUCAGCCGAGGGUCCUGCCGAACCGUACGACAGCACACACUCCCUCGAAGGGGACGGAAAUUCCAUUAUCGCACGUUUCACCCCUUCACUGGCUGGCCAUUUUGCUUCCGAACGAGGGUGCACUUUCCGGAAAUAGUACCACGGCCACCGCGAAAUCCGGCCGGUCGGAAGAUUAGCAUCUCGCAGGGCCUUGCGAAACAAAUCAAUCGAUUUAUUUCAUUAUUAAUAAGCAACCUUGGCACACACACGGGCCUGGUACGGCUGCUCGCGUCCUCGGCACGCGACAACGGAAUUUGAAACGAACCGAGACUGAAAAACGGAACGAAGAGAUGCCGGUAGAACUUGGGUGAACGAGUGAAGUAACAUGACAAUAAAUCCAGUACCUUACCAACGUUUUUACCAUUGCUCGCUGUAACUAUCGCUACUGCUGCUGAUGCUGCGCCCGGCGGUCGAUAACUCUUGGGCUGAAGAGAAAACUACUAACUGAGCCGUGCCGCUGAACGAUAACUAUCCUGUCUCCUGACUCGGCACACAAAAGCACGAAGCACAAGAAGUUGCAAAGCCACGUCUCAUCCGAUUUAAGGACCCGCGGCCGGCGCACGGAUCGGAACAGAAAGAACGGAACCAUCAUCGUCGUCCCAGCGCCCCGCUAGCCAUGGAUCUGAAACACUCCAACGUGCCGGAAGUGACGGUCGUGGCCGACGCUUACAUGCCCGGCAGCAAGUCAUCGGACUUGAUCAAACCGCCCGCGACCAACGGUUCGAGUGCGACACUCGACAAGCCCGCCCUGCCAGCCGGUGAAUUCCGGGUCUACAAACGGCGCUGGCUGGUGCUGGCCCUCUUCGUGAUGUAUUCCGCCUCGAACGCGCUCCAGUGGAUCCAGUACAGCAUCAUUGCCAACAUCGUGCAGCGAUACUACGACAUUACCAGCACUUGGGUCGACUGGACGUCGAUGAUUUUUAUGAUCCUCUACAUUCCGCUCAUCUUCCCGGCCAGCUGGAUCCUGGACAAAAUGGGGCUACGGAUCGCGGCCAUCAGCGGUGUCCUGGGAACGUGCCUGGGAGCCUGGGUCAAAUGUUUUUCCGUCAGCCCGGAACUGUUUUGGGUCGGCUUCGUUGGCCAGUCCAUAGUGGCCGCCUCGCAGGUCUUCAUUCUGUCGCUUCCCGCCAAAGUGGCCGCCGUCUGGUUCGGCCCGGACCAGGUGUCGUCCGCCUGCAGCAUCGGAGUAUUCGGGAACCAGCUUGGAAUCGCGGUCGGUUUUCUGGCCCCACCGCUGCUGGUGGAGAAUCAUGACGACAUCAGCCUGAUCGGCGACGACCUACGGUUGAUGUUCUACAUCGUGGCCGGCUUCACCACGUUCCUCGUUAUUUUGGUGCUGUUCUUCUUUAAGGCGGCCCCACCGACGCCACCGUCAGCGGCUCAGGAAGCGACGAAAACUCCGAACCCACUGCAAUCGUCCCCCUUUCUGCACUCGAUCAAACGGCUGAUGCUGAACCGGAACUACGUGCUCCUGCUCAUCUCGUACGGCAUGAACGUCGGCGUGUUCUACGCCAUCUCGACGCUCCUCAAUCAGAUCGUCCUUACACACUAUCCCGGCCACGAGGUUGACGCCGGGCGCAUCGGAGUGUGCAUCGUGUUCGCCGGAAUGCUCGGCUCGGUCGCCUGCGGAGUUGUCCUCGAUAAGACCCACCGGUUCAAGGAAACUACGCUGGCCGUUUACGUAUUCACCAUGAUCGGUAUGUGGAUCUACACGUUCACCUUAUCCGUUGGCCACAUUGCCGUAGUGUACGUCACCUCUUCCCUGCUCGGCUUCUUCAUGACCGGUUAUCUGCCGGUUGGGUUCGAGUUUGCGGCCGAGCUGACCUACCCGGAACCGGAAGGCACCUCGACGGGGCUACUGAAUGCGGCGGCCCAAGUGUUUGGCAUCACCUUCACCAUGCUCUACUCGGAGCUGCUCAACUCGAACGGGGACAUCGUCGCCAACGUGACGAUGGCCGUGAUGCUGCUCGUCGGUUCCGUCGUAACCGCCAUCAUCCGGUCGGAUUUACGUCGCCAGGCGGCACAGAACCCGAACCCCUAAGUGGGUCGAAGAUAAGUGAACUUUUGUUUGAAGUAUUUUGGUUUCGGUUUUGUAGUGUUUCUAUUUACACGUUUAGCAUUUUGUACUAACUCUAGUACUAUUGGCCAUGAUACAGUGUGGCCUCAAAGAAACGACCGGAGCCCAAUGGGCGUCAAUUAUAAAAAAUCAGAUUUUUCCCGUCCGGCCUUCCGAGUUCCUGACCCUCCCACCGGAAUGACGGGAAAUCCGCGUGGAAUUCCCACAAAAAUGCCCCAUUUCGCGUAUCUUCUCACGGACGCCAUGGACGCCCCGGAUUCGGUCGUUAAACUUUUUCACCCAACAUCCGGGCUCGAAAUGGAUUUUCGCGCCACGAAAUGGACGGAACGGCGGACGUUUCCGUCCCAAACCAAGGUGGCCAAGGAGCCAGUUUUUUGCCUCUCUUGGGCAACGGUUGCGUUGCGUGACGCGGCCUUUUGUUGAUUUUCACCGAGGCCCCUUUUUGCGGAUUCGGGAAGAUUUUGCCUUUUGAAGGCGCACAAUUUCGCGGUGUGCGGUUUUAUGGCCCACUCGGCCCAGAUGGCGCAGAUGGGAGUCCUGACGCGCUUUUGUAAACAGAUCGCUGCCCGUAAUUGGAUCGUAAACGCCGUCGGUCGGGAUCGGGGUUUGGCAAAAAUAUUGACACCACCGUUCGGGGGUCGUUCGCGAAAACGAAGCUCCACCAUUAGCCCCCGUUUGGGGUCCUGUAGUUGGGUUGAAAAAUGGUUCGAUUAAUCAUCAACCAUCAGGGUUCGUCUUGCGCGAGAUGAAAGCAUCGCUCAAAUAUGGCGUUUUGCGACCCGGUUCGUUCAUUUUUAUCGAUUAAGAGAGCCCAUAAUUUAUGCACACAGUAACAAACAGUGAUUAAGACGGGAAGGCCCAUCAUUUGUCAAUGUUCGAUAGACCCUAAGAAAGUUGACUGAGCCGCGGUGUAGAGGUUCUUCGAGUUCAAAGCGAGCUGCUGGUUGAUUAAUGAGGCCAUCGAUAGAUUUUAGCAUAAAUUAUGUCCCUCGACAACGGGGUCGUGAUCUGCUCGGGGAGCAUUUUUGUUAGAAGCAAUAGCCCUAGGCUCGAGUUGAGUCGUGUUGGCACUAAUCGGAUUGCGCACGGAUUUUAGACUAAUGUUGGUAAAUAUUUUCUCGAAAACAACACUAACUCAGUGUUUAAUGAUUGCUUCCAACUUCACGGACUUCGCUCGCAAUGAUUCCCCUCAUUUGAGCGUGACGAUAUUUCCGACUUCUGCGAAAGGUCAACAGUGGCAAAGUGGUCCCAACGCCUAUCGAUUACGGUGGCUCUAUGGCGCUUCUUCGAUUUAACUUCAUUACGGCGCCCCAGCAGGGGCAGCCGGGUUCAUUACGUUUAGUGUGCUCGUGGAAAGGGCAUCGUAUAAAUUGAAUUUCUUCCAACCGAUGGAAUGUGAUGGCGGUGCCGUGGCAAGGGUUAGGAAUGGCAAUGUUUGUUCAAGAACUCUCCGCAGCUAGGAGGCCACACUCCUCGCCAGGACGAAGGUUCUCCGUUCGGUAUUAACAUCUCAAUUCGAUCUUCUCGAUGCCGGACCGGACAUCCACUGAAAAACGCCUAGAUGUAGGCAACCGUGUUAACCUUCUGUAAUGGAUGCGUCAAGCGUACGAGAAAAUAAGGAGAGUAAUUAAUUUUCACCGCCUUUUGAGCGGCCUAUCUGCUACUCGAAUCGAUUACAUCCCAUUAGCCGGCCGCCCGUUACAUCAGCCAACCAAUGUCAACCAUGUCGGAACGGAAGAGGAGCAAAACAAUAUUUUAAACACGUAGCAAGAAUCGGGAGGAGCAUUUGGCAAGAAUAGAAUCGUAUCAACAACAACAAAACAAGCGUUUAGCCUGCAGAGGCAGUAGCUAGAACAGUAGGGCAUGUUUGGUGUAAACAACCGAACCGAAGGUAGAAUAUUCGCAUGUUAGUGAAAACGCACGCACACGACCAUUUUGCGCAACCGCCCGAGUUGCGGCCCACAAACGCACCCGCAUAGCGACACCCACCCACAAUGUGUAAGGUAGAAUUAGCUGUGAUAACGAACGAAAAAACAAACCCUAGAGCCCCCACACACGGUUUUGGGGCAGCCGGUAGCCGUUAGCCGAGGUUAGAAUUGUGGCAUAAAAAUACGAAACCGACAUUACCGAGUAGAACUGUGGACAAUAAUGUUAUUACAGGAGCGUGUUUAUGUGUGUAGAGUUUGGGUUUUCCUAAUCGCUCCACACCGAAAUUAUAUUUCCGAUUGAUGCUGAAAGUAGUGGAAUGUGCUCCGUUCAGAAAGAAUUGGUAGUUAACUGAUCCCAAAUGUCGUAUCCGCUUCAUUCCCACACAAUCGGAUCGGAUCGUUGCUGUCGGCUCUCGAUGGUUAUUAGGAUAGUGGUCAGCUGACCGGCAUGUGAGCAACGGAACGGCAACGUAAACGUAAACCUAAAGCAUACCCAAUGACAAUACACAUCAAAUACCUAAAUGUGCAAGACCCACAGAUUUUACGAAGAGUAGGUAUUUAGAGAAUUUAGCGACCCGCAGAUGGCAACUAGUGGUUUAAGCUGUACGUUGUUGAACGCUUAUGACAAGAAUGUUAGCAAUUACAUUGAAAAAGUUAUUACCAGUUAGUCCGAGCGUGGUGCCAAUUUAGGAAGCAUGAUAUUUAUAUAAAAAUUGCACUUGUUGAACUGUUUAAAGCAAACCGAAACUAACACCGCGGUGGUGGUGGUGCUGUUGGUGAAGAUGAGAUAUUUUUUGUAUUUUAAUUGCGACAAACCUUUGGUGCUCCGCAUCAAAUUCCGUUAAUCACCAAUAGUGAAGCCAAUUAGAGAGGACCAAGAGGUCCUAUUUUGUGAAGCGCGAGACUGUGACGACGGCAGGGGCGAAGAUUGGCUGGCGCACGGUUUGACCGAAGGCAAAUAUCCAAUAUUCAAGUCCAUUUACCCUCUCUAGAUGUGUUAAGCGAAAGUAUGACAAUAAAAGCAAGGGAUAUGGGGCACGCGCAAGGGCAGGGCAGUAAUGCCGCCAGUGGACCGGUCAGUAUUAUUAGCAAUGCUUUUAUAAAACCCAAUCCACUCACACUGGCGCAAUAACUGUUGCGGUGCUCUCUGUGGAGCUCCUUCUCCGAUUAGCGUAGAAUGUCCUCGCCAGGGGUUGUGUGGAGUGUGCCAACGGUACACCUUCCAGCUUUCUCCUCUCUACACGGACCCACACGCCACCAAAUGUGUCGGCAACCACCGCUUGACCGCAAGUAGUGCGAACCGCCAUUGCCAUUUGCCAGGGAAAAAAAGGAAGCAAGUUCCUUAACCCGGAUGGCGGAACGGAAUUAUAUCGAUGUAACACAUAACCUAAACGGACAGUUAAAAGCGGUACAUAUGGCAACCAAUAGACCAUAAGACGACCCUUCCCCCAAGAAUAGUGUGAACAAUAAUCUAACCGACCGAUCGAUAAGUGAUUGAACAGUGAAAUAACGGCUAGCUGACGCGUUUGUUAGACGGAGCGAUCCUUAGAGGUUGAUGAAAUGGAACAAACCAAACAAUAGAUAUUAAAAUAAACUCUUC